AUGACUUCACUCACUAACAUGAUGACUUCACCCACUAACAUGAUGACUUCACCCACUAACAUGAUGAUUUCACCCACUAACAUGAUGACUUCACUCACUAACAUGAUGACUUCACCCACUAACAUGAUGACUUCACCCACUAACAUGAUGACGUCGCCCACUAACAUGAUGACUUCACCCACUAACAUGAUGACGUCACCCACUAACAUGAUGACGUCACCCACUAACAUGAUGACGUCACCCACUAACAUGAUGACGUCACCCACUAACAUGAUGACGUCACCCAUUAACAUGAUGACUUCACUCACUAACAUGAUGACGUCGCCCACUAACAUGAUGACUUCACCCACUAACAUGAUGACGUCACCCACUAACAUGAUGACGUCACCCACUAGCAUGAUGAUGUCGCCCACUAACAUGAUGACGUCACUCACUUACAUGAUGACUUCACCCACUAACAUGAUGACAUCACCCACUAACAUGAUGACUUCACUCACUAACAUGAUGACUUCACCCACUAACAUGAUGACGUCGCCAACUAACAUGAUGAUGUCGCCCACUAACAUGAUGACGUCACCCACUAACAUGAUGACGCCACCCACUAACAUGAUGACGUCACCCACUAACAUGAUGACGUCACCCACUAACAUGAUGACGUCAUCCACUAACAUGAUGACGUCACCCACUAGCAUGAUGAUGUCGCCCACUAACAUGAUGACGUCACCCACUAGCAUGAUGAUGUCGCCCACUAACAUGAUGACGUCACUCACUUACAUGAUGACUUCACCCACUAACAUGAUGACUUCACCCACUAACAUGAUGACUUCACCCACUAACAUGAUGACUUCACCCACUAACAUGAUGACGUCGCCAACUAACAUGAUGAUGUCGCCCACUAACAUGAUGACGUCACCCACUAACAUGAUGACGCCACCCACUAACAUGAUGACGUCACCCACUAACAUGAUGACGUCACCCACUAACAUGAUGACGUCACCCACUAACAUGAUAACGUCACCCACUAACAUGAUAACGUCACCCACUAACAUGAUGACGUCACCCACUAACAUGAUGACGUCGCCCACUUACAUGAUGAUUUCACCCACUAACAUGAUGACUUCACUCACUAACAUGAUGACUUCACCCACUAACAUGAUGACUUCACCCACUAACAUGAUGACGUCGCCCACUAACAUGAUGACUUCACCCACUAACAUGAUGACGUCACCCACUAACAUGAUGACGUCACCCACUAACAUGAUGACGUCACCCACUAACAUGAUGACGUCACCCACUAACAUGAUGACGUCACCCAUUAACAUGAUGACUUCACUCACUAACAUGAUGACGUCGCCCACUAACAUGAUGACUUCACCCACUAACAUGAUGACGUCACCACUAACAUGA